AGUAAUGUAAAUGAUUGUAUGUUCGAGAAAGUUCAAAGUAGUAAUGAAAUUCUAGGAGGUAGGGAUGUUCUUCGUUAUAAGAACUCGCCGCUUUCUGCUGUCUUGUCUUUCAGUCGCGAUUUGUUGUUCACAGAAUCGGUUACUGAACUUAAGUUAAUAAACCUGAUUAAAAUUCGUAUACACAGUGCAAGGAUUAAUAAAGGAAUUAAUUAUAUUUUUUUAAUUAAUAAAAUAGUAGUUCGAUAAUUAAAUUCAGCAGCAUUGUUUUUGUUCUUCAAAUUGACGAAAUCGGUGAAUCUUCAGAACGAUGCCUGUGAGGACUCAUAAGAGUUAUGAAACUCCUGUACCUGGUGAAGAAAUCGUUAUCUCUGGUAUUGCCGGUAGAUUUCCAGAUUCUAACAAUGUAGAAGAGCUCAAAAACAAUUUAUUAAAUAAAGUAGAUCUGGUCUCGGGCGAUGAUCGUCGAUGGAAUUUAGAUCAUCCGGAGAUUCCGCAGCGUACAGGAAAGAUUAACAAUAUUGGUAAAUUCGAUGCACUGUUCUUUGGAGUACAUUUCAAACAGGCCCACACGAUGGAUCCGAUGUGCAGAGGAUUACUGGAGCACGCUUAUGAGGCCGUUAUUGACGCGGGAAUUAAUCCUAAGCAAUUGCGUGGAUCACGAAUCGGCGUUUUCGUGGGCGCAUGUUUCUCAGAAUCUGAAAAAACUUGGUUUUACGAAAAAUUGCAGAUAAAUGGCUUUGGAAUUACCGGAUGUAGUAGAGCCAUGUUGGCGAAUAGGAUUUCCUACUGGCUAGGAGUGACUGGACCAUCGUACACUUUAGAUUCUGCCUGCAGCUCUAGCUUAAUAGCACUGGAGCACGCUUAUCGAUGCUUGCAAGAGGGUCAAUGCGAGGCUGCUAUUGUUGGCGGAUCAAAUCUGUGUCUUCAUCCCUUCGUGUCGUUACAAUUUUCUCGUCUUGGGGUUUUGUCAUCUGACGGCCGUUGUAAAGCAUUUGACGCCAACGCGGAUGGCUAUGCUCGCAGUGAGGCAAUUUGCGUUAUAUAUCUACAGAAAGCGAAAAACGCGAAACGAAUCUAUGCUACAGUGGUCCACGGUAAAACAAAUUGCGAUGGUUACAAGGCGCAGGGCAUUGCGUUUCCAUCGACCACGAUGCAGGGCAAGUUGAUGGAAGACUGCUACAAAGAAGUUGGUCUGUCGCUGAAUGAUCUGUACUAUCUGGAAUGUCACGGUACUGGCACCAAAAUUGGCGAUUCUGAAGAGCUCAACGCGAUCGAAAAAAUUUUCUGCAAAAAUGGAAGACCUACCCCUUUGCUGAUCGGUUCUGUUAAGUCAAAUAUGGGUCAUGCCGAGCCCGCUAGCGGUCUAUGUCAAAUUGCUAAGGUACUAAUAUCAAUGGAAACGGGAAUAAUUCCACCUAAUUUGCAUUAUUCUCGGCCACGAGAAGGAUUUAAAGCUCUUACAGAUGGUAGGCUCAAAGUUGUCACCGAGCUGACACCUUGGAAUGGUGGUCUCAUGGGCAUUAAUUCCUUUGGUUUCGGAGGUGCCAAUUGUCAUAUCAUAUUGAAAUCUAAUUCGAAAAAGAAAAUAAAUAAUGGAGCACCAAAUGACGAUUUACCGAGACUCGUAGCAGUAUCUGGACGUACAGAGGAUUCUGUUAACGUGUUCUUAGAUGAUAUUAAAAAGCAUCCGAUAGACGUUGAAUAUAUCCGUCUGCUGCAUGAUAUUCACUCUGAUGAUAUUCAAGGACAUUUGUAUCGAGGAUACAUAAUAGUCGGUUCGAAAACAGCGGAGCAGUGCCCGAGGGAAAUAGAAAAUUAUUUAGGAACUGUGAGACCGAUAUGGUUUGUGUUUUCCGGUAUGGGAUCACAGUGGCCUGGCAUGGGUAUCGAAUUGAUGAGGUUCCCUAUUUUUGCCGAAGCUAUUAAAAAAUGCGAUGCUCUCUUACGACCACGCGGUGUAGACAUUAUUAAUAUAUUGACAAACAAAGAUAAAACUAUUUUCGACAAUAUUUUGCAUUCGUUUGUGGGUAUCGCGGCAGUACAGAUUGGUUUGGUAGAUCUCCUCACAUCUAUAGGCAUCGUACCCGAUAACAUCAUUGGUCAUUCUGUUGGAGAGCUUGGUUGCGCUUACGCAGACGGAUGCUUCACUGCCGAACAAAUGAUUUUGUCAGCGUAUUCAAGAGGUUUAGCAUCCAUUGAAACUGAGCUUCCUUAUGGUUCGAUGGCGGCUGUCGGUCUUGGCUACGAGGAUAUCAAAAAUAUGUGCCCACCCGACAUCGAAGUGGCUUGCCAUAAUGCUUCUGACAGCAGCACUAUUAGUGGACCCGCUGAGUCUAUGAAGGAAUUUGUCGCGCAAUUACAGGCUAAACAAAUCUUCGCAAGGGAAGUAGCAUGUAGCAACAUACCCUAUCACAGUCGCUACAUCGCACCCGCUGGACCGAAACUUUUAGCUUACCUAACCGAGGUAAUUCCUGAACCGAAGCCGCGUAGCCAGAAGUGGGUGAGCACAUCUGUACCACGCAACCAAUGGUCCACCGCGUCCGCUAAGUUAUCAUCCGCUGAAUAUCAUACCAACAAUCUUUUGAGUCCCGUGUUAUUCGAGGAAACGGCGCGUAUGAUCCCGAAGGAUGCGGUAACCAUCGAGAUUGCUCCUCACGGUCUACUACAGGCCAUCCUCAGACGAUCCCUCGGCUCGGGCGUUACUAAUAUCGCGCUUACUCAGCGCGGUCACAAAGAUAAUGUUGAUGUUGUUUUACAAGCGAUAGGCAAACUCUACAAUACAGGAUAUCAACCAAAUCUUGCAAAUCUUUAUCCGCCCGUCGAAUAUCCAGUUAGCCGUGGUACCCCAAUGAUCUCACCUUCUGUUAGAUGGGAACAUUCUGACGACUGGUACGUAACGGCAUAUAAGUCGCAAAAGAAGAUCGCUUCCGGAGAGAAAAACAUUACUUUGUCAACAGAUGACGAAAAUUUUGAGUAUAUGAGAGAUUAUGUUAUUGAUGGAAAGAAUUUAGUACCUGCUAUGGGAUAUCUUGCUAUGGUUUGGGAAAUUAUGGGUACAUUGCAUUCGGAAGUAUAUUCAGAAUUAUCAGUUGUCUUCGAAGAUGUUAUAUUCAAGCGGGCUAUCCAUAUACCAAAAGAAAGCGAUGUUCAAUUAACACUGAUGGUUCAAAGAGGCACUGGAAGAUUUGAAGUGACGGAAGGGGAUACAACAGUCGCGACUGGAUUCGUUCGAGUUGUAAAGAACCCUGCGCAAGAAAAAAUACCUGUUAAGAUGUUGCCAGAAGAUGAUGAGGAAGAAAUAAUGAAUACGGAGGAUAUUUAUAAAGAGCUAAGAUUACGAGGUUAUGAAUAUUCUGGAGCUUUCCGUUCUUUAAAAAGCGCAUCCCUGUCAAGAAAGAAGGGACACAUUUCUUGGAUGUGUAAUUGGGUAACAUUCAUUGAUAACAUGCUACAGAUGAUGAUUCUUGGAUUAGAUACGAAAGAUUUAUACAUACCUACAAAAAUACGGAAGAUGGUAAUUGAUAGCAAGCUUCAUCAACAGGAAAUCCAAAAUAUGGAUUCAGAAAACAAACAACUUCCUGUACAUGUCUACAAAGAUUUGGAUACUAUAAUAUCAGGUGGGAUCGAAAUCCGUGGUUUUAGAGGUACAAUCAUACCUCGCGAAUUGUCAAUCAACGACUCAGUUCUCGAAGAAUAUAAAUUCAUAGCUUAUCGCGAUAAAGCACAUGUAUCACUGAAGGAGGCAAUCAGAUUGUCCACGCAAAUCGCGAUCGAAUGUCAUCAAGCUACUCACGUGAAGACCAUUGAGUUGAUCGAUGAUUCCGAUAAUGUGACGACUGAUAAAUUAGCGUCACCCAUGCUCACUGAGAUUUUAAAUGACUUACCUUUGAUUCAGCCGAAAGUGCAACUAUCAGCACCAUCUAAUCGUUUUGAUGACUUUUUACUCACGAAUGUGACCUCCGUAAACAUUAAUGAAGUGUCCAAAGAAGACAAUGUUCUGCUUGCUGUCGGUAUCGAAUUACUGUCAAAGAAUAAGACACAUCAAUUAGAGCAAAUUCUGUCGAAACUGAGAAACGGUGGUUUUGUAUUGACACGGGAAAGAUCAUUCAAACUUGAGAAUCUUUCAACACUUUCGAAGAACGGUUUAGACGUCAUUUUAGAGAAAAGCACUGGCGAAGAGAUUAUCGUACUUUUAAAGAAGAAGGAACAACUCGUUAAGAGAACGGAAGUCAUCCAUGUUAAUAAUAAUGAGUUCACCUGGCUUAAGAAAUUGAAUUCGUUCAUGAAUGAAAAAAAUGAAAUCACCGACAUGAGGAUAAUACUCGUUAGCGAGGGAGAAUUAGAAAGUGGUUUGCUAGGCUUCGUGAACUGCUUAAGAAAGGAAGUAGGCGGAGAAAUGAUCAGAUGCGUAUUGAUACAAGAUACCGAAGCUCCCAAAUUUUCCUUACGGGAUCCGUUAUACUUGGAACAGCUUCAGUUAAAUUUGCCGAUCAACGUAUUAAAACCGCAAAAAAUAUGGGGUUCAUAUAGGUAUCAACCAUUGUCGAGUUUUCAGCCAAAACCUGUCCGUCAUGCGUAUGUUGAUGAAAUGAUACCUGGCGAUUUAAGUUCACUUCGUUGGAUCGAAGGCCCUAUACGUCCUGAUGCUAAGCAAAAGGAUUUGGUCCAUGUAGCUUACUCGUCUCUCAACUUGAAAGACAUUAUGUUUGCAACUAGAGAACUCGUUUUGGAUACUAACUCAUUGAAUAAUCGAUUUGACAAGUGCUUAUUCGGCUUUGAAUACGCUGGUGUCGAUACCGCUGGUCAUCGAGUUAUGGGAUUUGGCUGUCGAAGAGGUAUAUCGAAUAUCAUCGAACCAGAUAGAGAUUUUUGUUGGAACGUGCCUGACAAUUGGUCUUUGGAAGACGCGGCCACUGUGCCAAGUGUGUACGCAUUAUGCUAUAAUGGGCUGUAUCAGCGUGCUGAGAUGAAGAAGGGCGAUAAAUUGCUCAUUCAUUGCGGCACUGGUGGUAUCGGUCAAGCAGCAAUACAUCUUGCUCUUCACGAAGGCUGCGAAGUAUUCACCACCGCGGGAACGCCUGAAAAACGCAAAUUAAUCCGCGAGAUGUUCCCAUCGAUUCCGGAUGAUCAUAUCGGUAACUCGCGUGACCUCACCUUCGAACGGUUGGUACUUCAGCAAACAAAAGGCAAGGGAGUAGAUAUUGUUUUAAACUUAUUGGGCGAUGAGCAGUUCCAGGCGUCGAUUCGCUGUUUAGGGCAGGGUGGUCGUUUCUUAGAGAUGGGCAAAUUUGAUAUUACUUCAGACAAUUCCUUGGGAAUGAUGAUCUUCUUGAAAGAAGUCAGUGUCCACGGAGUUAUGAUAAACAAUUUAUUUGCUAUGACAGAGGAAUAUAAGAAAGAUUUGCAUGAUAUAGUAAAUAAGGGCCUGAAAAACGGAGCUGUUAAACCGCUUGUUAGAAAAGUCUUUGAAAAAGAAGAAUUGGAAACAGCUUUCAGAUAUAUGACGACCGGAGAGCACGUAGGCAAGGUACUUUUGAAAAUUUGCGAUGAGAAGAAGAUCCUGGAAAAGAAACCUAUUCUCGCCGAUCCUCGAUAUUACUGUGACAGUGGUAAAACCUAUCUCAUCCUGGGUGGACUGGGUGGUUUCGGAUUGGAAUUAGCCGAUUGGCUGGUACUUCGAGGUGCCAAAAACUUGGUGUUAACAUCAAGAACGGGAAUAAAGAACGGUUAUCAACGUAUGAAGGUCGAAUUAUGGAAAUCUUAUGGCGUGAAUGUGCUUAUUAUCACGGGAGCCGACGCUUCGAGUCGCAAGGAUUGUGAAUUCAUACUGAACUCCGCGGAGAAACAGGGCCCGGUGGAUGCCGUCUUCAAUCUUGCUAUGGUGUUGAAGGACGGUGUCUGCAAGAACCAAACGCCGGAAUCAUUCGAGGAGUCUUUCAGGGCGAAAGCUCGGGCCACGAAGAUGCUGGAUGAGCUAUCCAGAAAGUUGUGUCCGCAACUUCGGCAAUUCGUAGUUUUCUCCUCAAUUUCUUCCGGGAAAGGGAAUGCCGGACAGACAAAUUACGGUAUGGCUAAUUCCGUGAUGGAAAGAAUUUGUGAGCGCAGAGUAGCGGACGGUUUGCCGGGACUGGCUAUUCAAUGGGGCGCGAUAAGCGAAGUUGGUCUUAUCGCCGACAACAGGGAACGAGCCAUUGACGGUAUAUUGCAGCAAAAGGUAUCUUCCUGCCUUGAGAAGCUCGAAAUCUUUUUGCUGCAGGAUCGCCCAGUGGUAUCUAGUAUGGUGGUAGCAAAGAAACAUGUAGGUACUGGAGCUAUCAACAUUGUGGACAUCGUAGCGAAUAUAAUAGGUGUGAAAGAUUUGAACACUGUGGCUCAGGACAUACCGUUGACCGAGCUUGGCAUGGAUUCAACGAUGGCUGUAAAGAUCAAACAAGCACUGGAACGUGAAUGCGAUAUCUUCUUCACUGCACAAGACAUGGCCAAUCUGAACUUCGCCAAACUGAUGGAGAUGCGCGAUAGAGACUUGGAACGACAAAAAGCAGAUCGCCAAAAGGGCGAUGACGCUGCCGAGUUAUCUGGCAUACAAUUGUUGAUUCGAAUGUCCAAUAACGAGGAAUUAUUUACCGAUACUUGUGUGGAAUUACAAACUAAAAUGAAUCCGCGCCGGCUUAAAACAUUCCUUUUGCCGGGUAUACAGGGUUCCGGACACAUAUUUAAUCCACUGGCGUCAAAGAUCAAACCUAUCACGAUAGCCUUGCAAUAUGGAAUAACAAAUGCUAAUAUGUCUAUACCAGAAUACGCCGAUCAUCUUUUACGACAUAUUUUACCAACGGCAGAAGAGCAAAGAGGUUUUGCAAUCAUCGGAUAUUCAUUCGGUUCGUUAAUUGCCAUCGAGUUAGCGAGACGAUUAGAAAAACAAGGUUUGAACGGUCGAGUAGUGCUAAUUGACGGUGCUCCUGAGUUAUUGAAAGCGAUGGUAGAGCAAUUUAUUCCAUUCACUACAGAGGAAGAACUUCAAAAUAAUAUCUUGCUUGCUAUUAUGGACAGCAUACAAACAGCCUUAAGUGGAAAUUUACUUUUAGAGCUGGAGAAAUGUACUACCUGGGAAGAGAAGUUAGAUUUAUUACUCUCGCACAUUCCUGACAAUAAAAUGUCGCUUUCGAUCAAAACUCAGAAAGCAUUAUGUACAACUAUGUACAUGCACAUUCUCGCUCUUCGAAGAUAUGACUUGUCGGCCUUGGAACAAAUACGAUCGCCUAUAACACUUUUAAAACCCACGGUACCAUCCAUCAGUAUGACCGAAGAAGAUUAUGGCUUACAUAAGAUCACACGAGACAAGGUGGAAGUGUAUUAUGCUGAAGGCAACCAUGUCACAAUGUUGGACGAUGACAAGGUAGUAAUGGCAAUCAAUGGAGAACCGUUGAUUGAUCCUGAAGAAUUCAAGAAACUUUUAGAAGAAGAUCGGCCGUUCGGGUACGAAGAAACGAAGAAAAAACGCACAAGAGUUUAAAAUACAGCUGAAUUACACCUAAAUAUAAAAGCCUAUAAUAUAUUUAAUUUAAAAAAUAUAUAACAUAUAUAUGUAUAUGUAAUUUUUGUCGAAUUCAGACUAGAACUGUAAAUAUGAUCUGGAUUUGAAUAUUUAAACAAUUAAUGCAUUGAUUUAGCUAUUAUACAAAUGUGAAACUAUUCAUACGAAAUAUCUAUGAUUCAAACAAUUGAAUCUGCAUACAUAAAUUUGUCACUUUGGAUUUAUCCCUUUUUCUUUCCCUCGAUUUCCUAUAAAAAA